AUGCCUCUCAACAUUACUAUCCCUUUCGACCUUCUACCAAGUCCAGAAAAGACUUACUCAGUCUAUCAAGAAGUAUUGCAGGGCAUGGGACUCCCCGAAUACUUGCUGGGCGUACACAUCGACUUUCUCAUCUACAUUGUCUGUCUACUCGUCAUGGUGCGCUUCACUCAGACCAUCCUGCACUACGAAGGACGUUCUUGGAUCUGGUCGAUAAGCUGCUACUUCCUCAUUCAAAGAGUUGUUUCUCGUUUCGAGUACCGACCAUUCGAUCCCGAAUUAGCCCGGAUACAACCUCUGUUGGCGGCUGUGCCGGCUGCCGCAAACCUGAUGCUCUGGAGCAUGGCUGGGCUCAAGGCUGAGAGAAACCGACUUCGCUUUACGGAGGGUGAGCGAAAUAACCUUUUGAUUCUCGGGGCCUUCGAGUUGGGGAUGGGACUCGCUCAGUUCCGAGAUGUAUAUGUUGAAUGGGCACGUGUUCAUAGUGCAACCAAAAUGGCAGGAGAUGUGGCCGGCUUCUAG